AGGAUGGCCAAGCUGCAAAACUUCACUUGGACAGUGGAACAUAUUUUCAAGGAAACCUUCCUCAAUUACAUGAACAACUGGAGGAGAAACAUGACAGAAGCAGCAAAUAAACUGCAGGCUGAGGUGGCUGCUGAAAACUUUGACUAUGUUAUCCUUUAUCUGAUGGUGAUGAUUGGGAUGUUCUCCUUCAUCAUCGUGGCCAUCCUGGUGAGCACAGUGAAAUCCAAGAGGAGGGAGCACUCCAAUGAUCCCUACCACCAGUACAUCGUGGAGGACUGGGGAGAGAAGUACAAAAACCAGGUCCUGAAUCCAGAAGAUCUCAAGUGUGUGAUCCAUGAAAACCUGGGGGCAAGGGAUAAAACAGGCCCGGAAUCACCUUGAUUUUCUGGGAGUGCCAGCAGUGAGGGAUUCACAGUCACACACAGGGAACUCACUGGAACUCCAAAGAGCUAGAGAAGUGUUGAUUAAAUUAACACACAGGUCAAUGGAUAAUGGAGUCCUGAGGAAAUCAAUGUGAUGGCUCCCUUGAGGGUCCUGGGAAAGUCCAAGAAAAAUCUCUG